AACUCAUAGCUGGCAUCGUUCUACAUUUUCGAUAAGACAAAGGCCUCAACCCAUCCUCUAGUCAAGUGUGCUCUCAUGCCUUACCAACUCUGAGCCUUUUCUUGACAACGAUACAUCGAAUCAAUCAAAACAAACUAAACCGCAAGAUUUAGACUGAAGCUAGUUCCACCAAAAUGUCUAAGACGGAUAUCACGCUCAUUGGAGUCGGCAACAUCGGUGCCGCGAUGGUCAAAGUCUGGCUGAAAGCUGGGCUAGCUGUGACCAUGUGGAACCGAAACCCUCAAAGGGCAUCUCUUACGGAGCUCGUCGAGCAAGGCGCCGUUCUUGAGACAGACAUUCGAGCAGCUAUUCGUAACAGCAACGUAGUUGUCUUGUGCGUCUCAACCUACGACAACAUCUUGGACAUACUCGUACCCGCCCUUCCCUUGGGUGAAGGGGAUCGCUCGGUCUCGGUCAUCAACAUCACAACGGGAACUCCCAAGGAAGCACGCGAUAUGGAGUCAUUUCUCAAGAAGAACGGCAUCACUGCGUAUUUCGACGGUGCCAUCAUGGUGACGCCGGCCUUGGUAGGCACCGAACAUGCUUCAAUGUUCUUCGGCGGCGAGAGCGAGGCCGAAUUCGGCAAGGUGUCCCAGCGUUAUCUGGAGCCGCUGGGGCAAGUCCACUACAUCUCUGAGGACCCUGGAGCAGCAAGCUUGUGGGAUCUCGCGGCCCUGGCUGCCUUGAAUGGAACCUUCACUGGAGGUAUUCUUGCUCUGAACCUGCUCAAACGCCAAAAGCUAGAAAAGGGCAAUGAGAAACCCCCGACAACCAAAAACCCGAUGGACAUGAUCGUAUUGCCGCUGCUAUCGAAUUUCUUAUCCCACCUGUCUGAAGUUGCCCAAGCUCUGGACGAGGAAAUGUGGGAAGAAAAUUUUGGGAACCCAGCUUCGAUGCAGAUCAAGGGGCUCGAGACGAUCCUGAGAGGUUUUCGCGAAGAGCAAGUUAGCAGUGAAGGACUGGAAUUGUUCCAUCGCAUGCUGAAGAGGUGCAUAGAGGAGGUCGGCAGCAAUGCUGGCUUGGCUAAGAUGGGAAUGUACCUACAACACUGAUCGUAUUCGCUUGUACAUCAUUCGUUCGCUGAUGCCACAACCAAGAAGUUUUAUCAAGAAUGCACGAGAUUAUAGAUGAAAGUAAACGGCGGUUUUCGUUUUGAAACCACCAUAUUGUGUUGAGCGCAUGUUUAGGGCACAUUGCGCGUACCGUGU